CGACGAGAAUCUCUUGAAGAUGCUCUUGAGAUGCUCCGGACGUUUGAUACCGUCAUUGUGCUAGAUGAUUCAAGUUCGAUGUAUGGUCCUUCUUGGACUGAAGCUACAGAGGCAUUAUCGGCCCUGGCAAAAUUGGCUGGUGAAUAUGAUGAUGACGGUAUAGACAUCUACUUUCUGAAUAGCCCCAGAUUUGGAAGAAACAUCAAGACUGACGAGCAAGUCAGGACACUCUUGUCUUCUGUUCGCCCCAAGGGUGUCACCCCCAUUGGAGGGAGGUUAGAUGAUCUAUUGGGAGAUUACCUUCAUCUCCUCGAGUCCAAGACUCAUCUAGAGUUGAAGCAGAUUAAGCAUAGGAAUUACAUCGUCAUAACUGACGGCCAAGCUACCGAUGACCCCGCCACCGUCAUUGCGUCUAUAGCAAAACGCCUUGACAAAGGCAAUUUUCCUCAGACGCAGGUUGGCAUACAGUUCAUUCAGAUCGGUAACUCAAGCAGAGCUGCUCGAUACCUGAGAGAGCUGGACGACGAUCUUCAUAAUAAGUAUGACAUUCGGGACAUGGUUGACACAACCGAGCACCAUGGGCAGCUAACUGCUCAAUAUCUCAUCAAGGCCCUCAUUGGAGGCAUAAAUCGUCGGGUUGACAACCAUGGUGCUAGUAUUGUGAUGGAUCCGUAG